AUGAAGAAAAUUAGUCUCAAAACAAUUCGCAAGUCCUUUAACUUAAAUAAAAGUAAAGAUGAAAGUGACUUUGUAGUGGUUCAGCAGCCAUCCUUAAGCGAUUUUGGAAAAGAUGACUCCUUGUUUGGCAGCUGCUAUGGUAAAGAUUUGGCUAGCUGUGAAGUCAAUAGCGAAGAUGAAAAAGGAGGCAAAAACAGAUCAAAAAGUGAAAGCUUAAUGGGUACGUUAAAAAGGAGGCUUUCGGCGAAGCAAAAGCAGAAAGGCAAAGGCAGCACACCCUCUGUAAGCUCUGCAGAUGAUGACACCUUCUCUUCCUCAUCUGCUCCAAUAACCUUCAAAGAUGUGCGAGCUCAAAGACCUCUGAGAUCCACUUCCCUCCGUAACCACCAUUACAGUCCAACUCCGUGGCCCCUUCGACCGACAAAUUCAGAAGAGACUUGCAUCAAAAUGGAAGUGAAAGUCAAGGCCUUGGUCCAUUCCUCCAAUCCAAGCCCAGCACUGAAUGGCGUUCGAAAGGACUUCCAUGACUUGCAGUCGGAGAGCGUGUUCCAGGAGCAGACCAGCGCGUUAAAACCCACGGAAUCUCAGAAUGGGGACUUGCAUCUUCAUCUCGAUGAACAUGUGCCUGUAGUUAUUGGAUUAAUGCCUCAGGACUACAUUCAGUAUACUGUGCCUUUAGAUGAGGGAAUGUAUCCUUUGGAAGGAUCACGUAGUUACUGUCUGGAUGGUUCCUCACCCAUGGAAGUUUCAACUGUUUCUUCUCAAGUGGGGGGCAGUGCUUUCCACGAAGAAGAGAACCAGGUGGAUCAGGAUGUAGUCGUUGCACCAGAGAUCUUCGUGGACCAGACGGUGAAUGGUUUGUUGAUUGGUACCACGGGAGUCAUGUUGCAAAGCCCAAGAGUUAAUCACAGCGACGUCCCUCCGCUCUCACCUUUGCUACCUCCAAUGCAGAAUAAUCAAAUCCAAAGGAACUUCACCGGCUUGAGUGGCACAGACGCCCACGUGGCCGAGAGUAUGCGCUGCCAUUUGAAUUUCGAUCCUAACAGUGCCCCCGGAGUCGGAAGAGUUUAUGAUUCUGUACAGAACAGUGGUCCUAUGGUGGUGACAAGUCUCACAGAAGAACUGAAAAAGCUUGCAAAGCAAGGCUGGUACUGGGGCCCCAUCACCCGCUGGGAGGCAGAGGGAAAAUUAGCUAAUGUGCCUGAUGGCUCCUUCCUUGUUCGAGACAGUUCCGACGAUCGCUACCUUCUGAGCUUGAGUUUUCGUUCCCAUGGCAAAACUCUUCACACUCGAAUCGAACACUCAAACGGUAGGUUUAGCUUUUAUGAACAACCUGAUGUGGAGGGACAUACAUCUAUAGUGGACUUAAUCGAACAUUCAAUCAGGGACUCUGAAAACGGAGCUUUCUGCUACUCCAGAUCGCGGCUGCCCGGCUCUGCCACCUACCCGGUGAGGCUGACAAACCCUGUGUCUCGCUUCAUGCAGGUGCGCUCCUUGCAGUACCUCUGCCGCUUUGUCAUCCGCCAGUACACCAGGAUAGACCUGAUUCAGAAACUGCCUUUGCCAAACAAAAUGAAGGAUUAUUUACAGGAAAAGCACUACUGA